GGUGGCAAUACUGAGUGUUUCAGCGUUUUAUUUGCCACAGAGAAACAAUCCGCGUUGAAGACGAUCAGCAUGGAUCAUAAGCAAGAUGUGUCCACAUAAGUGAUUGUUUACAGGUUUAGUGUGUUACAUUUAUGACAGAACUAAGUCUGAAAUGGAGGAUGCCACAACCCCUGGAAGAAAAGGCAACUUAACAGGAAGUGCCAGAAAACUGAAGGAUAACGCAGCAGACUGGCAUAAUUUAAUCCUGAAAUGGGAUCGUCUGUGUGACGAAGGAUCUACCAUCGCAACCAAAAUAGUCAACUUCAGACUGAGCAAAGACAGGUCUGUGAAGGAGCCUGAGGUUAUGAUGGAGGGCCAGAUUUCAGCUGCUGCAGAAAGAAGUGCAUAUUAUAGCAACCCAGAGCUAGAGGAGGAAUGCACCAAACUACAGAAUGUUGUAGACAAAAUGGCCCACAUUCUGUCUAAAAUGGAAAGAAUGGUGUCUGUUGAGAAGGGGAUAUGUGAACUGGAGACAUUUCAGUAUGGAGAGAAAGGAAGACCAAAACCACUGUUUCACACUUGGUUUACAAAUCAUUUUGCUGAAGUGUCUUCUGAGCUUUAUGAGGCGUACAAGCAGGAGCUGGCCCUUAAGAGCACCAUAUUACGGGAAGUGGCCCACACAACAAACCCAGAUCUCUGCAUGGUGUAUCUGUCCUGUUGGCUCUAUCAACCCUACAUCCAGGAUAACACCAAACUUGUCCUAGAGAGCUUACUGAUGGAGACUGGCUACAGAGCUGUCUAAUUUAUUUAUUUGAUUUGAUUUCUGAUUCAAUGAAACAUGCCAGUCUUUACGUUUGUACGGUGGUCAAUGUAAUAGUAAACAAAUGUCUACCAUUUAUACAGUUUCUUGGUUAUGGUAUAAGCAUUUUCUAAUAUUAAAAUGUGUUUUUUGAAAUGUCAUUGGCAUUAAUUUAUGGUUUUUAAUUAAACCAUAGAAAAUGUAUAAGUUGUUUACAUGCAAUUAUAUCAUCUACAGGUACAAAUUAAAACAAGAUCCGAAAAAUGA